UGUCAUCGCAAGUGAGGUGCUUGGUGCUCAGAGUGCUCAGUGUUUAGUGUACCGAGCCCAUAGACCGGAGACCAGUGCCACCACCAGAGCCGAGUUGGUCUCGAAAAAAUAGCACUUCGUAUCACUGCUAACUGGCAAAGGUUGCGCGCGGGCCACAACCACAACCGCCCCACGGAUGACAGCAUUAGAUCGACCCCAAAGCUCCAAAGUUCCUACAUUCCAAAGUUACAAAUUUUCGCCAAUUUUUGUCAAUUUUCCCAACUUGUCCAAUUUGCGCGCCACUUUUUCGGCCGCCCAGAUUGAUAGGAGAAGUGAACCAAACACCUGGACACGCCGUGCUUGUGAUACAUUUUUGAAAACACAACAGAACUGAAAUCAAGUGAUAAAAACCAAUCUUAGAUAAAACGCUGGAAGGAACGCAAAGAAGCGCCGUGGGUAACUCAAUUUGAUGGUCUGCAAAACUAUCUCACCGAGUGUAAACAUGCAGCUGAAGAUGGAACAGCAGACAACGCAGCAGCAGCAGCAGCAACAGCAACAAUUGCAACAGCAGCAGCAACAGCAGCAGGCUCUGACCAAGCAGCAGCUUCAACUGCUGGACAAGAUCAAGCUCGAGUCCAGCAACGGCGCCGAUCAGUUGGCCCAGCAGGCGGCCAACAAUCUGGAUGAGCAGCAGGAGCAGCAGCAGCAACAGCAACAGCAGGCCGCAACAUCGGUGGGCGUGGUGGUGCAGACGGGACAAGCGGGCGUCAGCGAACCGGAGGAGCAGUACGUGGUGGUGCAACGCAUCCAGCGCCGAAUCCUCACCACAGCGGGCACACUUGAAUUAAACGAAGCUCGUGAAGGAGAACCGAGCACAAACGCCAGCAACGCGAGCUCAGGAUCUGCUCCGGAUAGCCACAUCGAGUACCAGCGCAGUGCACACCAAUCUCCUGGAGCCACCCACUACGUGCAGAUGGCGCCACGCAACGCAGAUGUGACGGAACAGGUGGGAGCUGCUGCCGGAGCUCCGCCGGGCACCAUCUUCGCCUAUUCCUCCGGACAGAUUAUCUGCAGCGGUGACGAUGUGGCCGCUAUCAAAAUUGAAACAAUGGAGAAGGGAGAGACGGCGGGGGAGGCGCAACAACAGCAGCAGCAACUGCAGCAACACCAGCAGCAGCAGCAACAGCAAUGUCCCACGCCCAACGGUGCCAGCUACGGCGAGACCAUAGUGAUCAGCAGCGAGGCGGAGGCACUGCAGCAUCACCACCAACAGCAGCAGCAGCACCAGCAGCAGCAGCAGCAACACCACCAACACCAGGCGGCAGCUGCAGCAUCGGCGGCGGCCCAGACGGUCCACAUAGCGACCAGUUCGCAUGGUGGACCCGUGCGCUUCGUCACGGAGGAUGUACGCUUCACCACCGCCGGACCGGAGACGUCCGCCUCGAAUAUGUACUACGAUGUACCCGUGGUGGAUGGCUCUGUGCAUGCCAACGAGUCCAAGACGUACGCCGAUCUGGGCAACGCAUACGCCCCCUUCCCGCCCAGCUCCAGCUUCAGUAGUAAUAGCUAUGCGGCAACGCUGCAGCAGGGAAACACUAUUUACAGUGUUCCGGGCACCGGUCAAUUCUUGGCCAAGUCCGAGUCUGCCCUAAAUCAGCUGCGGCAGGCUGGACCGGCCACCUUUCAGGCGAUAUCUUUUGAGGGCGGAAACGGCAUCGAGGCUUUAUGGCCAUCUCCCGCCCCGCCGGAGUACCAGAGUGUUCAAUUUAGCAACUUCCAUCCGCAGGUUAUUGAUGAAUACGGGGGCGGCAAUAUGAGCACCUCCCACUGGCCGCCCGCCAGCAGCAUAGGGCAAUACGAUGUAAGUCCGGUGACGGCCUCGUCCACCUCGUCGCCCAACCACGAGCUGAAGUGCGAGAACUGCCAUGCGCCGUUCUUGCGGAAGGGUAACGAGUACUUCUGCCCCAACUGCCCGUCCUUCAUGCGGAUGACGCCCCGUAUGCCCCAGCGGCAGGCGAAGCCCAAGGCCGCCGCCGCCCCCAACAACCGCCGCAACGGGGUCACCUGCGCCAACUGCCAGACCAACUCGACGACCCUGUGGCGUCGCAACAACGAGGGCAAUCCGGUGUGUAAUGCCUGCGGACUGUACUUCAAGUUGCACAACAUGAACCGACCGCUGUCGAUGAAGAAGGAGGGCAUCCAGAAGCGCAAACGGAAGCCUAAGAACAACGGAGGAGCACCCAUGCACCGAGCACCGCUGCCGAGCAUGUCGCAAGGAGUCAACCUGAUGGCCAACAGCCCGCUGUAUCCUUCCCAAGUGCCGGUUAGCAUGCUGAAUAGCCAGCUAAAUAGCCAGCAGAAUGCCAGUCCGGAGCUGCACGACAUGUCGACGACGGGUCCAGCGGGUGGGCAACGCGUAGUGGCCAUUUCGCUGAAUGCGACGGCACCGCCCACCACCGACGGAACGCUCAACAUGUCCGCCCGUCAUCACGUGACCGGCGAGAGCCAUUCUCCGUACAGCCAGCAAUCAACGCCACAGAGUCAAUCGCCGCAUCUGCCCGGCACGGUGCCGAUAAACCGUCAGAUAGUUCAGCCAGUACCCACCAUCGAAAGCAGUCGCAGCUCCAACACCGAACUGACCCCCAGCGUAAUUACGCGCACUGGUCUGCCAGAGCGGUCAUCGAAUAACUAAGCUAGCUUUGACUUAAGCUACGCACUAAAGUAACCUAUAGUUAACCUAACCCAAAUGUCAAAAAUUGCCAAAAUAUUUAUUUAAGCCCUAGCUAGUUAGUCAUACCAUAUAGCCAAGACCAUUGUCCCAGUUAGAGGAAGACUUUGCCGCGUUUCCGGGUUUUGAGUAACCACUUUACCUGGCAGAUGUCUUCCUCAUUUUAGUCAACUGCUUACAGCAAAUAGUUUUGAAAUGAUUUGUGCCAACCACUUAGGAUCGCUGUACUCCAUGUAGAGGUAGUUUAGCCCAAGACAGCACAAGCCCAUAAUGAAGCCUACGAUUUUGUAUGUUUAAGCCUCUUUUUAAUUC